UAGCAUCUUGUCCGACCAACCGUGCAGUAGUUAAGGCGAACAAUUCGAAUUUCAAUAUAUUUCUUUUUCCAUACUUGUUAUAAUUCAAAUCUCGCAACAUGAGAAUCUUACAGGAGCACCAAAUCCAUUUGAUGGAUCCUUCAGAGCUGUUGCGUCCGGAGCCCUCAUUUGCCGAUAAAAGUCCUUCCAAGUUUCGUGACUACAGCGUUGAUGUGGAGGAUCCGCUAAAGGAACGCGUGCGUCGCACUUAUCGCCAGAUGCACCUAAAUCAAACUGUGGACUUUGUCAACGGUCGCCGCGAACGCUGGCUAAAGUUCGACACGAUUAAGAUGACGGUGCGCGAGGCGUUGGAAAAACUCAACGAUUUAAUUGAUGAGUCCGAUCCCGAUCUGGAUUUGCCCAACAUUAUACACGCCUUCCAGGCAGCUGAGCGUGCACGCGCCGAAUUUCCAGAGGAUGAUUGGCUACAUCUGAUAGCCCUCAUACACGAUCUCGGCAAGAUUAUGGCCUUCUAUGAUGAGCCGCAAUGGGCCGUUGUGGGCGAUACUUUUGCCGUGGGCUGUCGCUGGGGCGAUAGCAUAGUUUAUCGUGACGAGAGCUUUGUGGGUAAUCCCGACGGGGAUAAUCCCAAAUACAAUACCAAAUACGGCAUAUAUAAGCCACACUGUGGCAUCGACAAUCUGCUCAUGUCCUGGGGUCACGACGAGUACAUGUUCGCAGUGCUGAAGCACAACAAUACCAAGUUGCCCGAGGUGGCCUGCAAUAUAAUACGCUUCCAUUCGUUCUAUCCCUGGCAUAAUGGCGGCGACUACAAGCACCUGGAGGCGCCUAAGGAUGCUGAGACCAAGAAAUGGGUACUCAUAUUCAACCGCUACGAUCUAUACACAAAGAGCGAGGUGGUGCCUGAUAUUGAUGCUCUAUGGCCAUACUAUCAAACGCUUAUCGACAAAUAUUUGCCUGGCGUCUUGGAAUUCUAGACAGAGUCUAGUUUAGAAUGCAUCCAAUCAUAUAAGCAUAUACGCACAUA